AUGGCUUUGGUCAACUCUUCUCCUACAUCUCCCAAGACCCAGCGCAGUGAUUCGUUUGGGGAUGAGAAGGGAAUUGUUGAAGAGAAAGGAAGUAAAGGCUCUGUAGAGAUCGCUGGAUCCAUCCAGGGAGAUGUCUACGAUGAUAUUCGUGCAAUUGAUAUGGGUGAGGAUGGAAAGGAACGUCCCAUCGAAACCGACAUCGAUGUCGCAACACGUUUGAUAUCUCUGGAAGAUGACCCAACACUUCCAGCUUUCACAUUCAGGAUGUGGCUCCUUGGUCUGGGUUUAUCGUGCUUUGGAGCAGUCCUGGGACAGAUUUUUUACUUCCGACCUCAAACAGUGUACGUUAGCCCACUGUUCCUCCAAAUUCUCGCAUAUCUUCUUGGACUCGUCCUCGAAGAGAUCAUCCCUGGGCCCCACAAUGUCCGAGAGUCCAUGCGAACAAAGGACACAGCAUUCUGGAGGUUCAUGAACCCAGGGCCUUUCAACAUCAAGGAGCAUGUGGCUAUUACCAUCUUCUCAACUACUGCGGCAGAGUCUGCUCUUGCGAUCAGCAUAUUUGCAGCAGACGAGCUCUAUUAUAAACUAGAGCCAAAUGUCGGUGUGGGGAUAUUUACUCUCAUCGGUUCACAGUUGAUGGGGUAUGGUCUAGGAGGCAUCAUGCGAGCGUUCCUGGUUUACCCGACGUACAUCGUAUUCCCGAAUCUGCUCCCAACAGUCCAGCUUUUCGAUGCAUUGCAUCGCGGAAAGAAGAUCUUCCUCCAGAAAAAACGCGUCAAGUUCUUCUGGUCUGUCUUUGUGGCGAUUUUUGUAUGGGAGUGGUUCCCUGAGUUUAUCGCACCCACGCUCACUGGGAUAAGCAUAUUCUGCCUUGCCAAACGCGAUAGUGCAUGGGUAUCUCGGAUCUUUGGGGGCGCUGCUGGAAAUGAAGGACUAGGGAUGUUCUCCCUGUGUCUUGACUGGAACUAUGUCGGUUCGGGCGGAGGGUCUCUGGGUGCUCUAUUCACCCCUCUCUCGACUCAGUUAUCUCUUUAUUUCGGAACCAUGGUAUGCAUAAUCGCAUUUUGUGCAUGCUAUGCCGCCAACACCUGGAACGGUCAAAACUUCCCAUGGCUCUCUCAGGAUUUAUUCUACGAAAAUGGAACUACGUACGAUCAACUGGCCAUUCUGGACGAAAACUUCCGUUUAGAUCCCGCUAAGCUUGCAGAAGUGGGCCUCCCAUGGUUCUCGAGCUCGCAGGUCCUGACCAAGAUUGGAUCUAAUUUGGCAAUCGGAGCUACAAUUAUGCACGUCAUUAUCUGGUACGGCAGAGAUAUCAUCGAGGUCGUUCGAAAAUACAGGGCUGGAGAGAACUAUGACCCACACCUUGCGAAGAUGAAGGUGUACCCUGAGGUCCCGAUGUGGUGGUGGGGAUUGAUCGUGUCGCUCCUCAUCGCCGCGAUCUUCCUUCCCUUUGUCGUGACGGUCUAUGCUAUCACCGGUUUUGUACCCAACAUGCAGAACCUCGUUCAGAUUCUCGGUGCGGCUAUGAUUCCAGGUAGCCCACAAACGAACAUGUACUUUACUCUGUACGGGUUCAAUACGGUCGACCAGGCUCGUGGGCUCAUCCGUGAUCUCAAAAUGGGUCAGUACACCAAACUUCCUCCUCGCGUCACAUUCGUUGUCCAGUCCAUCGGAGCCAUAGUCGGUGGACUUUUGAACUUUAUCAUUAUGAAGAUCCUCAUUGCCAGCCACCGUGAAAUCCUGCUUGACGUGCAAGGAUCCAACAUUCUUGUACCAUUCUCUAUCCUGAUCGGUCUCGCUGUCCCCAUCCCCUUUUGGAUCCUACACAAGUUCUUCCCCAAGCUCGGCGCCAACCGUGUCGUCACACCCGUCCUCUGCUGGACACUUGGAUACCUCAGCGUCGGCAUCAACUCGUCCGUAUUCACGACCUUCUGCCUCGCCGUGUUCUCGCAGUACUACCUGCGCCGCUACCGCCCAGGAUGGUUCAGGAAAUACAACUUCCUCCUCUCCGCUGCUCUCGACGGCGGCACCCAAGUCAUGGUGUUCGUUUUCACCUUUGCAGUCGGCGGUGGCAGCGGCAAGGUGAUAAACAUGCCGAACUGGGCUCUGAACCCUGUUGGGAACCCGGAUUAUUGCCAACGUCUCACCUAA